UAAUUUGUAAAACUUUCCCGUUAACUUCGAACCGGCGGGCACGUAACUGAAUCCUCACUCGAGAAACCCUAGAAUUUCCGUUUUCAUUCUGGAAUUUUCUGCCCUUGCCCGCUCGCCAUUGCAGUCAAGCAUUCAACAAUUUACCGCGUGUCAAAAGUUUAGUUUAGAAUUCUGGUGUAGUUCUAAUCCCUUAAAAUAACCCUUUCAUUGAAUUAACAGUUAGUUGAAAAAAAAAAAUUAAUUGUUGGGGUUUUAUUUCAUGUUUUACCAAUGGAUAUGGACAUAUCACGUUGGAUUUUGGAGUUUAUUCUUUGGCAACCUCUCGAAGACACCAUCUUUAACGCUCUAAUUGGCGUUCUUCCUCUUCCUAACGAAGAUUCUCGGCUCAAGAAGGCCCUAAUCCUCCGAAAAAUACAGUCCGAGAUUUCGAAUGGGUCCGUUUCUGAGAAAAUCCUCGAAUUUUUCGAGGUAAUGGAAGAACUGUAUACUCAAGAAGGAAUUGAAUCUUCAGAAGCAAUGAAAGCCGCUUAUUGUGCGGUGGCAGUGGAUUGUACAGUGAGGUUUUUGAAUAAUAAAAGUGAAAAAGUGAAUUACUUUGAAGCAGUAAAGAGGAUAUGGAAACAGAGGAUCAAUAAAUUGGAGAAAGUGGAGAAUGUGGGCGUGGUAUCGGAAGAAUUAUGGAAGUGGAGGGAUGAGAUUGAAGCUGCGUUAUGGGAAGACAGGCGUUGCCAAAAUGUGAUAAUGCGGAGUAAAAGCAUUUCAGCUGUUGUGGCAGUGAAGGUUUUUGUUAAAGAAGCUAAGGAGAGAAUUGGGCCUCCUUUUCUCGAGGUUGUAGCGGAGACUUUGAGGCGCGAUGAUGCAGUGAAGGCUUAUUUAGGUUUGGAAAACAAAGAAGAGCAUGGUGAGAGGAUAGAGAGUUUAUCAAUCGCGGGUCAGGACUUGACUUGUUGUAACCAUGAUAAAGAGGCAAACAAGAGAAAUGCAUUGCGUAAGCGCAAGCAUGUUGCUUUCAAGCGCACAAGAGGAACAACACCAGCUGGAGUUUGCAAAGGUGUCAAAAUUGCUGAUUCUGCUGAGCCGGGAGUUGAGGCAUCACGUGUAGAGGAAGAUUUACUGCAUACUCCGAAAAUUGACAACGCACAGGAAGCGCUUAAGUUGAGUUCCUUGGAGUUGCGUGCAGGGGUGAAGGACCCUCUCCCUGAGGCACUGGAACUAGCUGAGACUCUGAUGUCCUUGGGCAGGGAUAGUAGUGCUCAGCAACCUGCAGAAAAUGAAAACGGAAGAGCCCCUCAUCUUGUGGUUGAUAGUAAUGGAGUGGUUCAAGCUAAUGGCGGGAAUGAAGAUGACCAGCUCAUUGGUCUUCAAAAUGCUGCACCCAAGCCAAGCAUAAUGGCUCGAAACAGCACUGCUCAUACAUUUGAGUGGAACGAUUCAAUCGAUAACUUAAGCGAAGGAUCACCAAGUAGUGGGAGGAGGUUUAUGUUACCUACCCCCAGGAGGACGAAGGUUUUCCCCUUGAAGAAGUAUGAAUUUAAAAAAGUUACAAAGAGGAGGAAAUCCAAGAGAUGGAGUACGAUUGAAGAAGAAACUUUGAGGUCUGGUGUGCAGAAGUAUGGUGUCGGAAACUGGAGGCUGAUCUUUGAUACUUAUCAUGAAAUAUUCGAAGAUAGGACUCCGCCUCGGACAUUUUUGUUCAGGGUGACUUGAAGGACAAAUGGAGAAACUUGACAUCCUAGCGAGAAAUUUGAAGAGAUCUGGUAAUGUAUGGACGUCCCUUUUUUCUUAGGAUGUAAAUUAACUUUUUCAUCGUGUAAAUGCAAGCUGCGUUGAGGGAUCUUGCUUGAUGUAUUGUAUACUAUAGAUGAACUUUGAUGUUUGACAUGUUGUCCCUCUAGACAAAGCUGUGGAACAUGUUUGUAUUAGUGGAUAUGAUGUAAAUAGAGUUGUCAUAUUUAGGGUAAUCAGUAGAAGAGCUUUGAGAAAAUAGCUGAUAGAUGUGGCUCACAAUUUUGUCAUGGACCUCAAAAUACUCUUCUACAUUUCAGAUGACUGCGUUGUCAACUACACGUUGCACUUUGAUGUAAUCAACUUGUUUUAUGAAUUCGAAAACACACCAGGGCUCCUCUGUUGUCUUCAUUUUUAA